AUGACCUUUAUUAAAGAAAGCCACGUUGAUGUUCUCAUCAUCGGUGCCGGCCCGGCCGGUCUGAUGAUGGCUGCUUGGAUGGCCAAGUGCGGCAUCAACAGUCGCAUCAUCGACAAGCGCAACACCAAGGUCUUCAAUGGGCAGGCUGACGGCCUCCAGUGCCGUACGCUAGAGAUCAUGGACUCGCUCGGCUUCGGUCACCGCGCAUGGCGUGAGUCCAACCACAUGCUCGAGGUCUGCAUGUGGAACCCGGACGAGGCGGGCAUUCUACGACGCAGUGACCGCAUGGCUGACACGACGCCCGGUCUGAGCCGGUUCCAGCAGGCGGUGCUGCAUCAAGGGCGCAUUGAGCGCUUCUUUUUGGAUGCAAUAGAAGAGUGCAGCGAUAUCCGGGUUGAACGUGGUGUUCUCCCGACCAGUCUAACGAUUGACGAGGUAGCUGUCGAGGACCAGGCAGCAUAUCCGGUUGCGGUGGAAUUACGGCAUCUGACAGAAGAAGAAGCUACUCCCAAACAAAGUGCUUCGGCAAGGAAUGGUGAAUGCAUUCGGGACGGUUUAUUCAGGAGUAACUUGGCCAGAGAUGACACGGACGACCUCCUCGCCGCGGGCAAGUUGAACGAAAAAGCCAACACGGAAGAAAUUGUACACGCAAAGUAUGUCCUGGGCGCCGACGGCGCACACUCUUGGACACGACAGCAGAUUGGUUUGACGCUGGAAGGCGAAUCGACAGACUACAUCUGGGGCGUGCUUGACAUCGUUCCCAUUACCGACUUUCCCGAUAUUCGCAUGCGUUGCGCCAUUCACUCUGCCAACUCGGGCAGCGUUAUGAUCAUCCCACGCGAGAAUAAGCUGGUGCGCGUAUACGUGCAGCUCACUACGACGGCCAAAGUGGGUGACGAGGCAGGCAGUCGCGCGGAUCGCUCCAAAAUAAACCCCGACGCCAUCAUCGCCGAGGCGCAGAAGAUUAUGGCGCCGUACAAGAUUUCGUACCGAACGUUGGACUGGUGGACGGCGUAUCAGAUUGGCCAGCGGGUCGGCACACAGUUCUCGGUUCAUGACCGAGUCUUCCUAGCUGGCGAUGCUGUUCACACUCACAGCCCAAAAGCUGGUCAGGGAAUGAAUGUGAGCAUGCAGGAUACAUUCAAUCUUGGAUGGAAAAUUGCGAGUGUGGUCAAGGGGCUGGCCAGUCGAUCUAUUCUGAAAACAUAUCAGUCCGAACGAAGAAAGGUGGCGCAAGAUCUGAUUGCAUUCGACCACAAGUUUUCGCGUCUUUUCUCUGGCCGUCCCUCCUUAGGCGACACAGAUACAGAGGGUGUAAAAAUGGCGGAUUUCAAGGACGCUUUUACAAAAGGUAAUUUGUUCGUGAGCGGAACCAAUGUCGACUACGGGGCUAGCACUAUUGUUGCUAAAGUUGGCGAUGGGUCGGUCGAGGGAGACGGUACAGAUAUCGUUGCGGGUGGUGACAAGAAUAGACCGACUUCAAAUCAGGACUUGGCGCCUGGACUUCCGAUCGGCAUGCGCAUCCCAAGCGUCAAGGUUCUCCGACAAGCCGACGCUCGCCCGUGGCACCUUCAGGAGCUGCUUCCCAGCAACGGUCGCUGGCGCGUGCUCGUCUUCCCGGGCAACGUCCAGGACAAGGAGCAAGCCGCUCAGCUCGCCUCGGUCGCUAGCAACUUUGACGCGAGUGACUCCUUUGUGGCGCGCUUCACGCCUACAGGCGGCCCUGUCGACACCGUGUUUGACAUUCUUCUGGUGCACAAGGCGCCGCGCACCGUCGUCACCAUUUUCGACUUUCCUUCUGUUUUCAGGCGAUUUUCCGAGACCGAAGGGUACGACUAUGACAAAAUCUAUGUCGAUGACGUCUCCUACCACGAGGGGCAUGGCAAUCUCUAUAAGAGAUUUGGCAUUUCGGAGAAGGGUUGUAUCGUGAUCGUGCGCCCAGAUCAACACGUGUCGUAUGUUGGGCCGCUGGGGGAGCCGGCCGCCGUGACACAGUUCUUCUCAAACUUUAUGGUGCCGCAGAUUGAAUAG